AUGGUCCUGCAGCGAUAUGCACUUAGUGCGGGAGAUUUGUGGCGCGUAUUUAUUCGAAUUUCUUCCCUCCCGUCGUUGCACAUUGUUCAUUUUCUUGGUUCGUUUGUAUUACGCGGUACUAAAUUACUAACAUCAACAUGGUCGCUCUGA